UUUAGUGUCGGGUUGCGUCCCAUAGGCGCCGCAUCACGUGCGCCACUCCACGCGGCCGCUAACGCGCAAGCGCUCUUAACAUGGACUGUUUUUGUUAUUUUAACCUCAACCUGUAGUGCGAACUGCGAACCGCCUGUGACCUGUGAUAUGUACGAAUUUUAAAUUACGAACAUGCGCGCGGAAUGGAGCUCAUGAUUUCAGUGUGUUUUUAUCUAUCAGUAUUACCAGUGAUAUAUAGUGAUAGUGAACAACAUUGUGAUACGGCGCUUGUGAGGACAUUCGAGUCGAUUGGCAGAUAGCGGCGCUGUCGGUUGUGAUGUAUCGCCAUUCGACUGUAUCCCCUAUGUAUUGAUCAGAGAAUUAUCAUCAGCGGCCAGAUUUCAUCUUAUCGAUACAGAAAUUAUGCAUCGCUCGUCAUAGCUGAGGGCAUAGUGGGGCUGUUGUGAUUGAUGAUGCUAAGACUGAGCUCGUUCGCUGACUCCUGGUGAUCGAGCGCGCUUCACAGACUCCUCGGACUUUGGAAAUGAAGAUAGGGAAGUGGACUUACAGUGCGUGUAUAUAAAAGCGAUGCAUGGUGUGUGAGGUCGGUGCCGCGGUCAUGGACAUGAGCGGAGAGGGAGGCGGGGCGGGCGCGGGGGCGGGCGCGAGCGCGCUGCAGCAGCGCUGGUACGAGAGCCGCGUCAACGGCAGCCCGGCCGCCGGCGACGUCAACGCCGAGCCCAAUGGCGACGGUUUCUUCCACUCACCGCUCGAGGGCGGCCACCACAGCCGCGCCCGCUACUACCACCAACAAAUGCAUGCCCCCUAUUCGGCCGCCGUCGGCUCGCACGGUCGGAGUCUAAGCGGAGGGAGCGGGCAGGUGUGUCGGCCGCACUUCCACACGCCGCUGCAUCCAUGGCUCGAGUCGAAGGCGCUGAGCAGCGGUGCCUGGGGCGGCGGGUUUCAGCAGGAUGCGGCACCGGCGGACAAGCCUCUCUCCCCCGCGCAGCAUCACCACCCCCACCCCCUGUUUUCGUUCCCGCCUACGCCUCCGAAGGACUCAACGCCGGACUCGGUGGCGGCGGCGGCGCUCGGCCAGCAGGACUACCAGGCGGCGGUCGCGCACGCCACCGCCAUGAGCGUGGCGUUCAUGCAGCAGCAGCAGGAACUGCCGCUGUGCGGGGACGUGAAGCCCAUGAUGGGCGCGCCGCCGUCGAAGCAGCGCGAAGGUGCGCAAACGGACUCGUGCCCCCAGGAGUCGAGUCAGCCCUCCGGGGAAUACAACGCGCAGUACAACGCCGCCGGCGGCGACUACUACAACUACCAGGGGAAAGGGUAUAACGGCACGCAACAGCAGAGCAAGCCGCGACCGAACAAGACGCGAACUAGCGCCGAGGGUCGGGAGUGCGUGAACUGCGGCGCGACGAGCACUCCGCUGUGGCGGCGCGACGGCACCGGCCACUACCUGUGCAACGCGUGCGGCCUCUACUACAAGAUGAACGGUCAGAACCGACCGCUCAUCAAGCCUAAGCGAAGAUUGGUGAGUUCGCUACAGAGCGCGGCGCGGCGGGCAGGCACGUCGUGUGCCAACUGCAAGACUACCACUACCACGCUAUGGAGGCGCAACCAGAACGGAGAGCCGGUCUGCAACGCCUGCGGACUGUACUACAAACUGCAUAAUGUGAACCGGCCGCUAACAAUGAAGAAGGAAGGUAUCCAGACGAGGAAUCGCAAGCUGAGCAGUAAAAGCAAGAAGAAGAAGGGUGGGAUGGGCAUGGGAGGCGGUGGGGCGUGCGCGCUGGCUCUCGGGGGAGUCAUGGGAGACAUGAUCAAACCUCUCGGUGACGCUACCAAAGGUUUUGGGGGGUCCGCCUUCCCAUCCGCAAUGGACUUUGGUCAGCAUCAAGUAGGCCUAGUGCACCCGGCGGCGGCGCACAUGUCCCACUGGUACGGCGCGCCGCACCAGGGCUUCGCCCCCCCGCCGGCCUCACACAACCCCUACCAUCACCACCAUCUAGCGCAGCUCAAUUCCAUGACUGGCUGGAGGAGCGAGUACACGUGAUAAGUCGGACAGCUCAGGAGCCUGCUAAUACGAUAAGAAUAUUUAUGUCCUAUGAAAUAAUGUACAGCCGUCCCACAAGGACGACAAACGACAGAAAUCAGCCGAAGAAGCUAAUUUCUCCUGCAAUUAAACUCAACACUAUCACAUUAAUGAGACUGCAAGCUGAAUUGAAGUUUGUAACGCUAUACAAACUCAGAAUUGAUUGAGCAUAUCCAAUUCUGACCACUGUUCCAGUCGACACCCCGUGACUUUGAUAUUCCGCGUUCGGUUUCCUACAAGUAUUAACUUUAGGUGUGUUUUACAUGAAGUAAUUAGCGAAAUUGUACAGUAUUAUGAUAUUAGCUAAGGCCGGUUGACACGUCGGCUUCUAUAAUAAGAAUAGAACAAAAUAUGUUUGUGUAUUUGUACAUAUCUUAUUAAGUUGUAAUUCCGUUCCUGUGUACAUUGUUUUUAUUUUUUUAUAUUUAAUUUGUCGAACGUUUCGUUUCAUAGGAAUUGUGAUGUGUUCAGAGUUAUUCCAGAUGUUUUUUUUUUUUU